AGUAUUCAGAGUUGGUGUUUCGCCAUUUUGAACAGAAUCGAUGCUAGUACGUGUUUCAUAGAAACGUUAAUAAAAGGAAUUUAAUUUGUUUAACGGAUUGUUGUCUCGGAUUUUAAGUGCGUUCUGUGAUUGUUCAAAGAGGCAUUUGUGUUAACAUACAAUUGUAUGCGUGUAAUUUUCUCUAGUUGAACUGUUCAGCUGUAUUAUAGCCUAAAGGCUGUUUCAUUUCUUCGUGUUUACCUGUUCAAUGGUGGAGAUCAGACACUGUGUCAGGUGCUCAGCUCCAUCAUGGAUGAUACACAAACAUCCAGAGAUGAAGAUUUUUUUAUAGGAUGCAGUCCAGUCCAGAAGAAAUCAGACUCACCAGAGCCCAGCUGUGUGUCUAUGAGGAGUGACUGGUCCAUGGAGCCUCCACAAAAUUUGAAGUGUGGAGACACAUGUCCACAUUUCAGUUCAGUCCAGCAGGAGAAAUCAGACUCACCAGAGCCCAGCUGUGUGUCUAUGAAGAGUGACUGGUCUAUCGAACCACCACAAAAUUUUAAGAGUGGAAACACUAGGCCAGAUUUCAGUUCAGUCCAGCAGGAGAAAUCAGACUCACCAGAGCCCAGCUGUGUGUCUAUGAAAGAGUGACUGGUCUAUCGAACCGCCACAAAAUUUUAAGAGUGGAAACACUAGGCCACAUUUCAGGUCAACCUCGCCAUACAGAUCUGUCAUAACAGAACCUGCCUGUAAGAAAAUGAAGUAUGAUGAAACUGUAAAUCAAGACUUUAAUGAAAGAAUGCAUCCUGGUUUAAGCCAUGGCUCUAACAUUGCUGAAGCCUUAAACACAUUUAGAUCAAAUCUGAGGAAGAAGUUUCAGUGUCUGUGUGAAGGAACAGCAAAGCAGGGAAACCCAACACUCCUGAAUGAGAUCUACACUGAGCUCUACAUAACAGAGAGUGAAAGUGGAGAAAUCAGUAAUGAGCAUGAGGUGAGACAGAUUGAGACACAAUCCAGGAGAGCAGCAACAGAGGACACACCGAUCAAAUGCAAUGACAUCUUUAAACCUUUACCUGGACAAGACAAACCCAUCAGAACUGUGUUGACAAAGGGAGUCGCUGGCAUUGGAAAAACAGUCUCUGUGCAGAAGUUCAUCCUGGACUGGGCUGAAGGAAAGGAGAAUCAGGACGUCCAGCUCAUAUUUCCACUUCCUUUCAGAGAGCUCAAUCUGAUGAAGGACAAAAAAAUUACUCUUUCAGAUCUUCUUCAUGUCUUUUUCCCUGAAAUAAAAGAAACUGACAGUUUUAGUGAUGAACAUAAUGUGUUGUUCAUUUUUGAUGGUCUGGACGAGUGUCGUCUAUCUCUGGAUUUUGAGAGCGAUGUAAGGUUGUGUGAUGUCAGUGAAUCAGCCUCAUUAGACGAGCUGCUGAUGAACCUCAUCAAGGGGAAUCUGCUUCCUUCUGCUCUCAUCUGGAUCACUUCACGACCAGCAGCAGCUGAUCUCGUUCCCUCUGAGUAUGUCCAUCGAGUGACAGAGGUCCGAGGCUUCAAUGACCCACAGAAGGAGGAAUACUUCAGGAAGAGAAUCACUGAUCAGAGUCUGGCUGAGAGAAUCAUCUCACACCUGAAGUCAUCAAGGAGCCUCCACAUCAUGUGUCACAUCCCAGUCUUCUGCUGGAUCUCAGCCACUGUUCUUGAGAAGAUGUUGAGUGAAGCAGAGACUGGAGAGAUUCCCAAGACUCUCACUCAGAUGUACACACACUUCCUGAUCCUUCAGACCAACAUCAAACAUGAGAAGCACUAUGAGAAGAAAGUGAAAGAUGAAGACAUGAUUGUCAAACUGGGAAAAUUAGCAUUUCAGCAGCUUGUGAAAGGCAAUCUGAUCUUCUAUGAAGAGGACCUGAGAGAUUGUGGCAUUGAUGUGACAGAAGCAUCGGUGUACUCAGGAUUGUGCACUCAGAUCUUCAGAGAGGAGUUUGGCUUGUAUCAGGGGAAAGUUUUCUGCUUUGUUCAUCUGAGCAUUCAGGAACAUCUAGCGGCUCUAUAUGUGCACCUCUCCUUCACAAACAACAACAUAAAUGUGCUUAACAAAAAGAAGAAAGCAGCUAAUGGAGACCGGGUUUCAUUAUCUGAGCUGCAACAGAGAGCGGUGGAUGAGGCUCUACAGAGUAAAAAUGGACAUCUUGACCUUUUCCUGCGUUUCCUUCUGGGUCUGUCACUGGAGUCUCAUCAGAUUCUUCUACAAGGACUGAUGACACAGACAAGAAUCAGCUUUGACAGCAAUGAGAAAACUGUUAAGUACAUCAAGAAGAAGAUCAAGGCCACUCACUCUCCAGAUAAAUCCAUCAAUCUGUUCCACUGUCUGAAUGAACUGGGUGAUCAUUCACUAGUGGAGGAGAUACAGCAGUAUCUGGAAAAAGAAACAAUAAAUAAAGCCAAACUCUUAGUUUUUGUGUUGUUGACAUCAGAGAAGAAGCUGGAUGAGUUUAAUUUGGAUAAAUUCAUCAGAGGUCAAAAUAAAGCAGAAAAUAUGAAAGUUCUUAAGAAGCUGCUGCCUGUGAUUAAAGAAGCCAGAUCAGUUCGGUUAAGUGACUGUACAAUCACAGAUGAAAGUUGGGCUGCUCUGACUUCAGCUCUGAGAUCAAACCCCUCACACCUGAGAGAUCUGGAUCUGUCUGGAAAUAAACUAGGAGAUUCAACAAUGAAGCUUCUCUCUGCUGUACUGGAGAAUCAUCACUGUAAACUGGAGAAACUGAAGUUGAAUAAUUGUAAUAUCACAGAUGAAGGUGGUGCUGCUCUGACUUCAGCUCUGAGAUCAAACCCCUCACACCUGAGAGAACUGGAUCUGUCUGGAAAUAAACUAGGAGAUUCAACAAUGAAGCUUCUCUCUGCUGUACUGGAGAAUCAUCACUGUAAACUGGAGAAACUGAAGUUAAGUGACUGUAAUAUCACAGAUGAAGGUGGUGCUGCUCUGACUUCAGCUCUGAGAUCAAACCCCUCACACCUGAGAGAUCUGGAUCUGACUGGAAAUAAACUAGGAGAUUCAACAAUGAAGCUUCUCUCUGCUGUACUGGAGAAUCAUCACUGUAAACUGGAGAAACUGAAGUUGAGUAACUGUAAUAUCACAGAUGAAGGUGGUGCUGCUCUGACUUCAGCUCUGAGAUCAAACCCCUCACACCUGAGAGAUCUGGAUCUGACUGGAAAUAAACUAGGAGAUUCAACAAUGAAGCUUCUCUCUGCUGUACUGGAGAAUCAUCACUGUAAACUGGAGAAACUGAAGUUGAAUAAGUGUGAAAUCACAGAUGAAGGUUGUGCUGCUCUGACUUCAGCUCCAGGAUCAAACCCCUCACACCUGAGAGAACUGAGUCUUUCUAUUAAAGAACUAACAGAUUCAACAAUGAAGAUUCUCUCUGCUGUACUGAAGAAUAAUCACUGUAAACUGAAGUUGAGUGAUUGUAGAAUCACAGAUGAAGGUGGUGCUGCUCUGACUUCAGCUCUGAGAUCAAACCCCUCACACCUGAGAGAUCUGGAUCUGUCCUGGAAUAAACUAGGAGAUUCAACAAUGAAGCUUCUCUCUGCUGUACUGGAGAAUCAUCACUGUAAACUGGAGAAACUGAAGUUGAAGUGGUGUGAUAUCACAGAUGAAAGUUGGGCUGCUCUGACUUCAGCUUUGAGAUCAAACCCCUCACACCUGAGAGAACUGGAUCUGACUGGAAAUAAACUAGGAGAUUCAACAAAGAAGCUUCUUUCUGAUCUAAAGGCUGAUCCACAUUUUAAACUGGAGAAACUCUCAUACUAAUGACUGGCAUUUAGAUAUCAGUUCACUAGAUCACAGAGGAGUUCCCGCUGUUGUGAACAGUUUUAGCCGCUGGGACUGGCAAACUGAAAGACGAUUUCAACUGACACAAUUUCAGCCACAAUGGAUGUUUUCUACCGGGCCCAAAGAUUGCUUACUGCAGCCCAGAGCACAUCCAUCUAAUACAUCUUCAUCAUGAACUAUUUGCAUUUCAAAGGUGUUUAACAGCCAGUGAGAUGUUUUCCUGCUGGCAGGCUAUUUUGAAUCAUUGAACCGUUGAACCACAUUUUGUUCAAAAUUGUCACAACUGUUUUAAUUUUGCUUGAAGUGUUCAUGUUCUUUGAAGUUCAUUCAUUUAUUCACUCUGAAUCUCUGUAAGAAUAGUUGACUUGUUUGGCAGUCAAGUGAGCAAGAGAUCUGGCGACGCACUGUGUUCAGACCAUGUUUUGCUCACUGGAUUUUGCUCUGUAUUUCUGGAUUUGCUCUCUCACCUUUGGAUUAGAGGUCAAAUGAUUGAUGAUCAGCAUCAUCAUUGCCACACUUUUGCUGGUUCUCCAUGAAAGAACUUUUAUCUCAGUUUUGACUGUUGUAAGAGUUUGCAUUACCACAGUAUUUUCCGUUGUGAUCCAGGUGUUAUUUGAUUGGUUCUUGUUCUGUGGUACUUAUUUGUAUCCAGUGCUCAAUGUUUUGUAAAUACAGAAAAACUACAGUAAACACAAAAGAGCUCUUAUCA